UCUUCUUCAUACAGAGGGGCUGACAGACGACCCUCAAAGAGGCUAAAAUAUGAAGAAAACAGUGCAGCAAAGUCAGAACUGGAAGGACUUACAUCUGGAAGUGGAAAUCUUGCUGCACUGGGGGAAAUGCCUGAAACAUCUGAUGGGGGUCGACGUUUAGAAGAUCCAGGACACUGCAAAGUAAUUCAACAGGAAACAGGUGAAAACAUUCCAGAGACUAAUGUAGACACACAGGAAAAGGAACACACUGUUUCUCUUGAUCCACGUGCAGUGACAUCAAGUAGUGCCCCAUCUAAAAUGGACGGUGAUGAGAAUCUGCACUGUGAUGUCCUCAGUGAGGAGGAGAGCAGCUGCGAGAGUGUAUUUUCAGAUGGGUCUAGCUUGGAGGAUGGAGAUUUGACGAAGAAGCCAAAAGAACUAGACAAUAGUGUUUUCUUGGAUGAAGACAGCAACCAGCCAAUGCCAGUGGACCGGUUCUUUGGAGAUGUUGGGUUUAUACAGGAUCUCCCCGCAGUUGCACUCCCAAGCACAACGAUGAGCAGGCGGGAAUUCAGAAAGCUGCAUUUCAUCACAAAGGAAGAUGAGGAGGAGGAAGAGGAUGUUGCUAACAACACGGUGUAA